AUGGCUGUAACAUUGACGGACGAGGGCGUGCAGCUGGCCGACGGGUUCACAGAGCCGCUCGAUGCCGAGCAGCUGCGGCGAAUUGCAAACAUAGAGAGAAUAGUUGCCAGCGCUCUCGAGGGCGAUUUGCCAGAGCAGUGCAAAAGCCUGGCGGAGGAUGUCAAUGAAAAGGCGUCGCCGUGGAUCGAGCGGAAGACGCAAAUGAUGCAGUGGCUGAAGCAGCGGAAUGGCGAGAAGCAGCCAGCACAACAGGCCAAGGAAGAAGAGAAGGAGGAGGAGAAGCACUCGGAUGCAGUGGUAGUCAAUGACGCCUGCACGGUGGCUGCGGCUGAUGCUGCAGAGACUCCCGAAAGCAGACACACUCAGAGCUUGGGGCUGGAAGGCAGCGCGCCAAGAGCAAUCAAGCGGGAGCACUCGUCGCUGUCGGGCAAGCGCCAAGGCCGAGUCUGCCAGAAAUGUGAAGCUGAGCGACGGCAUCUUGUGCCUGUAGAGCUGCUCGGCGAAAUGGACGGGCUUCGGCGUCGCGGGGUGGUGCCUGACACGGUAGAGGGCGUCGAGCGGCUGCUAAAGUCGCAGCGGUCGACGCAGGAGGAUCUGACCAAUGAUCUGGUGCAAAUGGCGUCGAUUCUGAAGAAGAAUACGCGGGCUUUCGGCGAUGUGAUUGAGCGCGACAAGCAUGUGGUUGAUGAGACAGCCGAGGCGCUGGGCAGCAACCUGGCCAGCAUGGACAAGCAGGGCUCGCGGCUCAGCAAGUACCGCAAGCAGGCGUGGGGCACGACCGGAAUCACGUGGCUGGCGGUGCUGGUGGUUGUAUCAGUGUUCUUUAUGCUGGUGCUGUUCAUGAGAAUAGCGCCCAAGCGGUAUUAG